AUGGAACCGGACUCGCAUGACAGUGAGAUUCAAUUUGGUACUGCUCAGCGUGAAACCCCUCACAGCCCCGGGGAUUCUGGAUUUGGUCAGCAGUUAUUUGGUGUCACAGAUGAACAGACUGGUUUGGAUACAGUGCUCAGUUUGAUGUCCAUUCGACGAGCGGGACGCCUGCUUCGAUCCCGGCUGGAAGUGGAAUUGUUUGGCGAUGAACCUUUUAGCCAGUCCUUGGUUCCAGAGAUGCCCAUUGGCGCCUUGUGCAGUUUUGGUGGUGAGCCUGGACCUCAGGAAAUGGCCCAAACGGUGGCCGCUGUGGCUAGCUUCACAGAGGGUACUCCAGUUUUUUCAGCUUGCAUUGCUUCGACUGAUGAUGGGCCUUUCCAUGCAGUUCAAUCGAAGUUGCAUAAUGUGGCUGUUCAAAAGUUGCUCACCGUCUUGCGCCACGACCUUAACAGCAGUGAGACCGGCAGACAUAUCUUGGCUCUCGGCGACGACUGGGAACAGCUGCAAGGUGCUCACAAGAUAGUUGAAGCUGUUUUGGGUACUCGUGCACCUUCGACUCUGGUGAAAAGGGCAAAUUCCUUGCUUUCCUAUUUGCGAUGGUUUGACAGGAUGAAUCGUUUUGAUUUGGAUCCCUUUUCAGAGGAGUGCAUUUGGAUGUACUUGCAACAGCUGAGGGAAUCAGGUGCUCCUUGCACCAAGGGCAGUUCUGCUUUGUCGGCUUUCAGGUUUGCUUUCCAUUUGCUUGGAUUCACUGGUUUGGGGCCUGCGCUUAACAGCCGCCGUUUGAUCGGUGUCUGUGAACUCAUGUUGUCGCAGAAGCGCCUUUUGAAGCAAGCAUUGGUUUUGACGGUCGCUCAGGUAAAGGGUUUGCACAAGUUCCUACGUGACACCAACUUACAUGUCAUGGAUCGAGCAGUCAUUGCCUACAUCCUUUUUGCCCUGUACGGUAGGUGCAGGAAUAGCGACCUCCUGAUGAUCCACUCUGUUGAACCUGAUUUUACAGAAGCUGGCGGAUAUGUGAUUAUCCAAACGAGUAACCACAAGACUGGCAGGUUGGCAAGUUUGAAGACGCGUCUCAUGCCCAUCGUUAUCCCGGCGAGAGGAGUCGAUGGGAGCAUCUGGGUUGGUGAUGCCUUGAGCGUCUUCGAGAGUGCUGGGGUCGAUUUGCAAACCCCCAUUGAUGGACCCUUGUUGCAUGCUCCCAUGGGCGAGCCAGGUAUCUCCAUGGAGAGGGGUUUGAAGGCCUCGGAGGUUUCUUCACUGGUUCGGAAGUUUGUGAGUUGCCCUGAACCCUCAGCUGCAGCCCCAGGAAAUUCGGUGUCUAGCCACAGCCUCAAGGCCACUACCUUGUCUUGGUGUGCGAGAUUUGGUUUAAGCCCGGCCGUCAGAUCCCUGUUGGGCAGGCAUGCAUCGAGCCUGAAUGAAACCUAUGCAAUUUACUCCAGGGACCUUGUUUGUGCACCGGUGGCGGAACUCCAGUUGGUUAUAGAUGCAAUUGCAGAUGGAAAUUUUUCACCGGACUCGCAGCGCUCUGAAUUUUUCAGAAAGGGUCAUGACAGUGUUGCUCAUGAAGGUGAGCCCGGCGUUCAUGCUGAUGUGCCAGAAGAUGACUUGGGACCGUGCCAGACUGAGCUCGGAAGUAAUGUCAGCGAGUUGUUGGAAUGCUCAGGUGGCGGUGUUGGAGUGGGGAAGGCACAGUUUGACUUGCGCCUCGAUCAGGUGAACGUGCCAGCCCCAUUGACAGUUGCCUUAAAGAAUUCGGGCGUGAACACCAUCUCCUCGCUUGCUUACUCUUUUGGCCAACCGGGCCAGCCAAUUUCGAAUGAGGAGUUUGCUCAAUGGGUUAGACAGCUGGAGCCAUCGGCCACCGUGGGUGGCGUUGCAUCGUUGAAGCGUUUGCUCUUCGAAAGCCAAACUCAACUGCUGGCGCUUUUGAAGGAGCAGGUGACAAACCCCGACCCACAGUCGGCGAAGAAAGUUCCACAGGCUGAGAAAGAAGCACGUUUGGCAAAUUUGCGUGCUCGACUGUCAGGGGUCCUCAUUGAAGGCCAUGCUGAGCCUGCCCAUUCGCUUCUGGACCAAGCAUCGCAGAUGUAUGAUCAGAACAUCCUGCGAUAUAUACCCCUUGAAAAAUGCUUCAGCCGUUUGACCGAACUCUCCGUGACUGCCAAGACACCUGCAAAGCAUCUGGAGAUUGAAGCGUCGAAGAUUGUCAUCAAGGACCGCGACCUGGAACAUGAGACCACAGUGCAAUCAUCUUACCAGGCCUUGGAGUCGUUCAAAAGGCGCGGAUUGGCUUUGGAUUUUGCGGGCAUCAUGUCGUUUCCGAAACAUGAUCGGUAUGUGCAACUGCUCUUCAAUCAUUUGAAUCGAGAGCCGCCGGUGGGCUACAGCAGGUGCAGUGUCUCUCAGCUAUUGGCUGCGGACCGAGCAGCAUGGUGCAGCCUGCUCGAGGUCAACACGAAGCCACGGCCAGAUGCGGCAGGAGUUGCAGCACUUGACACCAAGCUCGAGGAGGCUUUGAAAUCAUAUGAAGUGAGCUUCACGCUCCUGCCUGCGCUCUCAAAGCAGGCUGCUCAGAAGCCACCAACGGCACCAGUUGCUGGAAAGCCCGACGGCUCUUCUUUUUCCACGGCCGAAGAGGCCGCAUAUCCCAUGAAGCUGGCUUUCCACAUAGCCUAUUUCCUGGCACAGCAAAUCGUUUUGCAAGGUUGGAAACCCCCUGCAGGAGAACUUGCUUUGCCCGAUGAGGCAGUGCAAUUUUUGGCAUCGCACUCAGAGCGAUAUGUUGCUGAUUGGAGGCUGGGCGAACUAAAGCGUUGGCUGGGACGUGCAAAGGAACUCUCGGCCGAGGAAUCGAAGUUGCACUCAACGCUGCCUGACCCAGUAAAGGGUAUCCUUGCCCCAAAGCGCCUCCUGCUAUGGAAGGAAAUGAUGACCCACUAUGGAUAUCCAGACCGUUGUGUCUUUGAUGAGGUGGUAGCAGGGUUUGAACUGUCUGGUACGGCUGAACAUGUGCCUUGUUUUGAGCCUUGCUUCAAACCUGCGAAGAUCACGGAAUCUGAAUUGGAAGCAACCGCCUUGGCUGGCCGAAAAGCCCUCCUUGCCUCAAUCAGGUCUUCGGGGGAUGACUACAUCGAUAGCGAAGUUUUUGCAAAAACCCAGGACGAGGUGGAGUGCGGCUGGUUGGAGGGCCCAUAUGACCCAGCAGACCUCCCAGCCAAUGCUGUGGUAAGCCGCCGCUUCGGAAUAAAACAAGGCUCUGGUGAAAAAUUGAAAGUUAGAUUGAUCGAUGAUUUCUCUGCCUCUGGGGUGAAUUCCACGGUCCAGGUUGAUAGCAAUGCAAAGCUCCACACCCUUGACGUAGUUGCAGCCCUCUGCAUGGAACUCCUCAGAGCGACGCCCGAUGCUGAAUGGGUUGGAAAGACAGUGGACCUCUCCGCAGCAUACAGACAACUUGCAUUGUCGCCAAAGUCGCGCUGGGUGUCGUUUGUGGCCGUUUUUGACCCAGUCAGCAAGAGCCCAAAGAUCUAUUCCAUGAGAGCCCUGCCUUUCGGGGCAUCACGUUCGGCGUAUGGCUUCCUACGUGUGGCGCAUUCGCUUUGGUGGUUGGGGUGCAAAAUGCUGAAACUUGCUUGGUCGAAUUUUUUCGACGACUUUGUUACCCUGGCCCGGGUCAGUGAGUUCAAGUCUGUGUCCAUAGCAGUAGACCAGUUUUUCAAACUCCUUGGCUGGGCAGUUUCUUCAGGCGACAAAGACCUUCCCUUCGCUAGCAAGUUUAAAGCCCUGGGGGUUGAAGUUGACCUCUCCUCCUGGAAAAAUGGCCUUGUGCGUUUCUCAAACACUGAACAGAGAGCGACAGAGCUGUCCGAGAGGAUAUCCGAGAUCUUACAUGCUGGAAAGUUGUCUGUGCCCGAAGCGCUCUCUCUUAGGGGCCGCAUGCAGUUCGCGAAUGCCCAGCUUUGGGGACGAGCAUCAAAGCUGUGCCUGAACUCUGUGACAGCGCACGCGUACUCGGGAGAGGGCCCUGGGAUUUCCCAAGACUUGGUGCAUUACCUGAAUGUUUUCAAGAGCUGCUUGGCCUCCGCUAAGCCCCGCGAAGUGACGUCCUCUUGGUGUAGCCCUAUGUUCCUUUUCACUGAUGCCAGCUUCAGUCCGGAAAAUUCAGAGUGGCCUUGCGGGCUUGGUGGAGUCCUUAUAGAUCAAGAUGGCCGUCAGGUAUCAGCCUUUUCUUGUGUUCUUGGUUUUGAAGCUCUUGGAGUGCUGGGAUACCCACGGAAAUCCACGGUCAUUUUUGAGGCAGAGCUGCUAGCUUUGUUGGUGGGUCUCAUGCUUUGGAAAAAGAAGCUGCGUCACAAGCCUUGUGUUUGCUAUGUUGACAAUAAUGCCACGCGUGAUGUCUCGAUAGCAGGGAAAGCUAGAACCCAGCCCGGCCUGGCGCUGGUCACAGAGCUCCUAAUGCUGGAAGACGAGCAGGCCGAUGUAGGCCGUAUGUGUUGUGUGCCCGCUUUUGGAAGCCAGUCGGGUUGCACAGCUUUCACAGUCCACAAGCACCAUGCAGCAUGA